CUAAUAUUUAUUUGCUGUUAUUACUAUGCCUACUAUGUGCCAAACUCUUUACAAAGAUUAUUUUAAUUUAUUCUCACAACAAUUUUGCGAGGUAGAAGGCUAUUAUUAUCCCCAUUUUACAACUGAGGGCACUUGCCUACGGUCAUACAAACAGGACGAUGAGGAUGGAUCUGAACCUGUCUUCCAGAUUCCCAAGCUCUUUGCACCAUGGCGCCACCUAGUGGCCCACUAUAUAACGCCUACUAUAUAUUCCGCAUGAGCUAAGCACUUUACAAUUUUUAUUUGAUUUUUGAUAAAGGGCCUUAUAGUUUAAUGCCCUCCAAUUCAACAAAUGCUUAUUCCGCUCCAACACUGCUCAUUGCGCUGCAAGGUGCUGGGGAUGCAAAGGGAAACCCAGAAACACUCCUGUCCUCCAUCUUAUAGUCUGUUGAUCAAGGCUCCCAUGAUUUAUGGUUAGAGAGAUCGCCUAAUCUAGUCCCAUUUUACAGCAAAGGAAAACUGAGGCCCAGAGGGCUGACUUGCUCAAGGUCACUGGGUCAGCAAAGGACUAACGGGAUGCCCCUUAAUGGGGUCAGAGGAGAGAACCGUGAUAAAGGCGGGGAAACAGUUUUGAAGCGGUAGGGGGUAUCUCUGCAAAAGAAGUCCCGCCCUCACGGGGACUAACCCCCGGAGGCGCGCACCACACUAAGGUGGAGGUGGGGCUAGCUUGACAAGCCGGCGGCGGGGAAGAGAGAGGGGCGCGCCAAAGCGACGGAAAGGCGGGGAAGUCUUGGCGUGCACGCAGCGGCGGAGGGGCGGAGGCACGCGCCGCAGCGACGGAAGGGCGGCAGAUCUUGCCGCGUACUACACUAGGAGAAGAGGGAGCUGGGUAGCGGUGGCGCGCACGCGGCGGCGCCGAGGGGUGGAGGCGCAUGCGCACUUGGCCGCGGCGAGAAGGCGGGAAGGCCUAAGGUGGAGUCCUCGAGAGAGACUGUCAUGUCUGAACAGGAUCUCAAAAAUAAGGAACAGGAUCAGUGUCAGGAUCAAGCAGGGCCUUCUAUCUUCUGUGAUUUGGAAAAAAGCAGCACACCCUGUGAAGUACAGGGAAGGCAUAGAUUUUCUAGCCCUUCACUGUCAGUCUCCAAUGCAGACAGCCACACUGAAACCUUGGAUGGGAAGACAUCAAGUUUCUUUGCAGCUCUGGAUGCCAGCAUCGAAACUUUACAAAAAAGGGCCCAGCAGCUGAUUGACAGCAUCAAUGAAAGCAGGCAGAAGGACCACACACUCAUGAGCAACUUCAGAGACAGCCUCAAGAUGAAGGUAUCAGAUUUGGUUGAGAAGUUGGAAGAAAGGAUGUAUCAGAUUUACGAUCAUCAUAACAAGCUCAUUCAGGAUAAGCUGCAAGAGUUCUCAGAGAAGAUAGAGAAGAUUAAUACUUUAGAAACUGAGCUCAAACAAGUCUGCCACACCGUGGAAACUGUGUACAAAGACCUGUGUGUGCAGCCUGAAAUAUGACAAUGUCCCAAGAAAAGAAGACCAUCUGAGAAAGGAAUUGUAAGUCAGUAAGCAUGAGAACAAAGCUAAGAUGAAAUUAAACAUUGCACAUAUUACAACAAUAAAUACACUCUUCAGA